GUCACCAUGGAACGUUGGCAGAACUGCGUGGCUGCAGUGACCGGCGCCAGCUCGGGAAUCGGGGCGGAAAUCGUUCGAAAACUCAUCUCCGCCGGUGUGGUGGUGGUUGCCCUGGCCCGUCGCCUGGACCGUCUGGAGCAACUGCGUCAGGAAGUGCCGGAGUGCCGGCGACCGCUCCUGCAUGUUCGCCAGUGUGAUGUCACAGACUUGGUGUCCGUGAACGCCGCCUUUGAUGCAGUGCAGCAGGAUCUGGGUGGAGUGGAUAUACUGAUCAACAACGCAGGAAAGCUGUCCGGCGGUCAACUAUUGACCAUGCCGCUGGACACUGUACAACAAGUACUGCAGACGAACGUGAUGGGCGUAGUGUACUGCACGCAGCGAGCCUUCGAAUCGAUGAGUCAACGCCAUUCCCCCGCCCAUAUUGUCCUCAUCAACAGCAUUGUGGGCCACUACAUCUUCAACCCGCUGCCUGGAAGCCAGCAGGAGCUCAAUAUGUACCCAGCCACCAAGCACGCAGUCACUGCCCUCACUGAGCUCUUCCGCCAGGAGUUGCGCGAGUUCAAGACCCAGAUUAAAGUUACAAGCAUCAGUCCGGGAUUGGUGGACACGGAGCUGGUGCCUUUGGCCUACAAAAGGCUGCCCAUGCUGCAGGCGGAGGAUGUGGCCAAUGCCAUCAUGUAUGUCCUGGCCACGCCUCCGCACGUUCAGGUGCACGAGCUGACCAUCAAGCCCAUGGGCGAACCCUUCUAGGACACCGGAGCAUCCUUCUACUAUGGCCACUAAAUAUUUCAUGGUAUUCCAUAACCUCGAACUGAAUAAUUCGUGGCAUGCAGAGAAAUAAAUGAAAUGGAUAAAAAAUAAA